CGUUGGCAAUCGAGUCUCUAGCGCUACGCGAUUUUCCUCGAGGGGAACUCGUGCGUGAACCUCAUCGGUUUUCCUCGUUCAACGCCCUCAGGACGACGGCUUCGGGCGAAAAUGUGAAAACGUCAGCGCGAAAGAACGUCAAGCGUCAAGUGUCAAGUGUCAAAGCGGUUCGCGCGCGAAGUCUCGAAGUGGGGCGAGGACAGGUUCCGAGGCUCGUCGGCUCUUCCUCGAAUCGCGACUCGCACCAGCCAGAUACGAUCGAGUGACUCGCGUUGAUCGUCCCGUGGCUUCGGUCUGCCUCGUUUAAUGGCAGCGUGAGAGAAACUUGCACGGCGAGUAUCUUGCACUUACGUUAGGUCAGACAGUGAUGUCGUCAGACAUGAACCUGUACGAUUUGUUCGAGGACACGUUUCUCAAGGAGGAAGUUAAGGACGAGCUGCUCGUCGAUAAUUAUGGCGACGAUGUCAUCGCCUCGGCGGAAGAAUGUCCGACGAAUCCCGACGACUUAUUCGCCUCGAUCUUGAAACUGGAGGAAGAUUCGCAACUCGACUUCAACUUGAUCGGCAGGGAUCUGGAAACAGUUCCGUCCUCCUCGUCAGACAGUGGACUCUCCAGUAUACUAAGUCUCUCCUAUGAACAGCAAUUAAGCCCGUUCUUGUCGAGGGUGGACAAGGAUGAGAUCGAGAUCAGCAAUUCCGACUUGAGCAGUCCACAAGACUUUGUGGACUUCGAGCCAGCGGCUAGUCCGUCUUUGGGCAGCGUGGACAGCCCCGUCAGAUCUGUCAUGAGCUCUAAUAUCGGAUCACCAGCUACUGACGUGGUUGAAGAAAUGGACUACGAGCAAACUCUGGUUGCAGUUGUUACACCAAACAAUACUAUGCCAAACACGGGUACUAUUGCCACAGAGCCAGCGACCUUUGAUGUUGAUUCAACACCUAAGCAGGAAAUUCGUAUUACACCGCAGGAAAAUAGCGUGAAUGUCCGUAAUUUGACAUGUAAUGGAAAGCAGAAUAUUCGACAAUUGAUACGCGUCACUCCUGUGAGUAAUGGGUCCGGUAAUCCACGGUCUAUUCUAUUGCCGGUGAGUCUGAAAGACAUGAAGGAAGUUCGGACUAUUAAAAUCAUGACUGCCAGUCAAGCGAAAAAUCUGAAAGGCUUUAAAAUCAAUCAGGCAAACAUUAUCAAUAAACCUGUUCAGAUGACUAUUAAGCAAGAGGAUUCUAGCAGCGAUAAAAGUUGUAACUCGAGUGACGAGGUGCCAUCGGAAACUGAUUCACCUUAUCCGCGACUUAAGUUGAACGCCGAAGAGAAACGAUUAUUGCAAAAAGAGGGCAUCACGCUGCCGAGUCAUUAUCCGUUAACGAAGCACGAGGAGCGUGAAUUAAAGAGAAUCAGACGUAAGAUUCGCAACAAGAUAUCCGCGCAAGAUUCUCGUAAGAGGAAAAAGGAAUACGUGGACGGCCUGGAAGAUCGCGUGAAGCAGUGCACGGAAGAGAAUAUAAGCUUAUUGAAGCGGAUUAAGGCCUUACAGUCGCAAAAUCAAAGUCUGGCUGGUCAAUUAAAGCGACUCCAAGCGCUUAUACAAAAAGGCAACAAGAGCGCUCAGCCAGCAACUUGUCUGAUGGUCUUGCUGCUUUCGUUGGCUCUCGUCGCUUUGCCAAACUUGCGAUCACAUUCCAACAAUACUAACAAUGAUCUAACUCAAAAGCAGGAGCAAUCGGAGAAAGCAUCAUUGGCGGGUCGCUCAAGGACUCUAUUGUAUACGAAGCAACUAAUGGAUGAAGAACUACAGCAAUAUGGCGAAGAGCUGUUGCAGGAAGUUGAAGGUCUUCUGGACCAUGAUUACAGUCCAGUAAUGCAGAUGCCUCUUUACAAACGUGCCCGCAUUGAUAAUGAAGCCGCAAGUAGCCCCAAGUACAUCUCUUCUAUGAACCACGUGGGAGGAACGCUUGGUUUAAAUCCAUAUCUUGCCAUUUCAAAAACGAAUAAACAGUAUAUCGAGCCACCAUUGGACGAUAUAUGGCCACCGCCAAAUCCUGGCGGGCAAAACACGGCCAAGGUAAUAAACAAGAUUGAAACGCUUACUAACGAGCUCAAAAUUAAUAUCUCUGAAGGGACUAGAACAGUUCUCGUCCAGAUGCCUCAUGAUAAAUAAAACAUAUUUCUGGUUGCAAUGGUGCAACCUGUUAGCUUGAUAAUCCAUGAAAAAAUAAUCAUAUGUUAGCUAACAGAACGACAACGACAAGUGGGAUAAAUUUACUUCCCCUGUUUUAAGAUAUUAUUAAUAACUAAUUAGUCUAAUGUUAAAGCAAAUCUUUUAUAUCCGAAGCAAUAGCUGCAUUCAGAAAAUACAAUGGUUAAUGUAACCAUUGAAUAACAAUAUUAUAUAUGCAUCUAGCUAUCAGAAUAAUUUUUUGA